UUCAGUUUUAGAAUUUAAAGACAAGUGGUCAGUUCGUGCAUUACACACGCAUUGACCAAUAAAACACAAAGUCAUUUAUUUACCAAACAAAUAACGAGCAAGAGCAUUCGUUGAAAGUGUAUCAAUUCAACUGUUAGUUGAACGGAAGGCAAGGCAAGGCAAUUCUUUUUAAUUCAUAAACAGUUGCUGGUAAACAAUAGUUGUGGCAACACGCUGCAGGCGCUUUGUGGUGAAGUAGAAAAUAAAGUCGUUACAUUUUUUUAAAUUUUAAAAAAGUUUAGUUUAAAUUUAUUAUUAAAAAAUAACAAAAAAAACGAAAAUUAUAAAACUAAAAUGCCUUUUGCACGUGAACAAAUUGAAUCCAUGAUGUCGGAAAAACUAUCUAAAUCAGAUACAAUUAAAUUACGAAAUAAACAUAUUGGCCAAGCUUGUCAGCUAUUUUAUCGUUCUGAUCCGCUAAAAAUCGUACGCGGUCAGGGUCAGUACAUGUUUGAUGAAGAAGGCACACGAUAUUUGGACUGCAUUAAUAAUGUGGCUCAUGGUAAGUCAUUUCAAUUAUUAUAA